AUGAGCUACUUGUCUGGAAGCAACACGAAGGCAUCAAACGGGCUGGAAAUCGUCUCCCAAGAUGAGGCUUUUCGUCGACUCGGUCCAGAAGGACGCCGCAUAAUGGUCACUGCGGCUCAACACAGCAUCGAUACGUAUAAAGAAUACGCAUCCAGAAACCUUGCUGAGACAGCUUACGACCACAUUCCGCUGAGACGCAAUGUCAAUGCCGACAAGAUUUCCACCACCAAAUCUUCGCAAGAUGUGGACAAUGUUCGAAAAAUCGGGCGGCUGAUGGAGCGAGUUGAGGUGUUGGAGGCCGAGAAUCGUGCUUUGAAGAAAAAGAACGCCGAGUUCGAGGAUAAAAAUCGGUCUUUGAAGAGAAAGAACACCGAGUUCGAAGAUAAGCAGGCAAAGAUGGCGAAGCUGCUUGCAGAUGAUUGA